GGACUCGAGUAAGUAAGAAAUAUGUUAGGUUAGGACAUAGAAUAGCAUACGCACUAGUGCAAUUAAGUUGAUCGAGUAUGUAUAAACAAGUUAUCAUUAAGCUAAGAACCUCGAAUGCAUUAUUGUAACCACAUCUUGUAUUUGUAUGUAUCUGUUUACUAUCUUGGUAUAAACGUAGGUUUAGUGUAUGAUAGAACCUGUUCACCAUUUGUGACUGGACGGUGAGAGUCACAUUUUUUGCAUGAAACUUGUUGGACACAAAUUUUAAAUUCCGAUAGUAACAGAGUAAUUUUGUGUCAUCAAAUUAUUAAUCACUCGUUGAAUUAAAUACACUAGAUCAUCCAAUAAAUAAACCAAUAUGCGUAUAGUCGUGAACAGACUUUUGCAUGUCAAUAAGAUUGUCACUACGCCGUUUUUACAUUCCAGACUUAAUAUUAAGACAUCAUUAAGACAUCCCUCAAUUAAUAAUCCUGCUGCUUUGAAUAGUAUUCGUCUUUUGUGUUUCGAUUAUCAUUCCAGUGGAACUAAACGCUACUUGACGACCAUGAGCGUGGGGCAUGAAACCGUUCUGGAAAGACCAGCUCAACUGGCCAUACAAAUUUUCAACGAAGCGGUGGAGAGUGUAAAGCCUAAAAAUUUAUUAAAAGAAAAAUUUAAACUAGAAAAUGAGUCUGACAUUAUAAUCAGUGAUGGGGAUGGAAAAGUGACAAAAAUCGACCUAAAAAACUACAAUAAAGUCUAUGUAGUGGGCUUCGGCAAAGCCGUACUUCCCAUGGCUGAACAAGUUGUGGCAGUUUUAGGGGACAAAUUAGAAAAAGUGAUGGUAAACAUUCCCGAUGGAUUUCGAGACCCAGUUGAGGAAGGAAUACAGGUUCAUCGAGGGGCAAAAAAUAAUAUUCCAGACGAAGCCGCAUUCCAGGGAUCAAAAGAAAUUGUACAGCUAGUUCAAAAUAUGGAUCAUAAUGAUCUUCUUAUCGUCUUAAUAACUGGGGGCGGAUCAGCACUGUUUUCAUAUCCCCUUUAUCCUAUUACUGUUGAUGAGUUAGGAUCACUGGUCAAGACUUUAUCUCGGGGUGGGGCCACGAUAAAUGAACUAAAUACAGUUCGAAAAAGGUUGUCACUAGUCAAAGGUGGAGGACUUCUCACAUUAUGCAAAAGUUCUACAAUCAUUGGAAUUGUUCUUUCCGAUGUUCCCGAAGAUCCUCUAGAUAUCAUUGCAAGUGGUCCCACUGUUCCAAACAAAGAUCCAGAAUCUCGAGCACGUGAAAUUAUAGACAAAUACUCUGAACCCGGUACACUUGCAGAGAGUAUCGAACAAGUUUUGAAAAACCCAAUUGUCACCCCUCCCAAAUCAAAAAAUGUCACAAACAUUAUAAUUGGCAACAAUACAGUAGCACUUGAAGCAGGGUCCGAAGCAGCAAAACGGCUGAACCUUUAUCCACUAAUUGUUACCAAAACAUUGUCUGGCAAUGCCUCAGAAGUAGGAGACCUACUCGGUCACGCCACUCAAGCCAUUUCAUACUUGUUCCGAGCCAAACAGUCUGACCAAUUUAUAUCUGCUUAUGCCUCCACGAUUUAUAACGCUGCAGAAAAACUGAGUCUGGAAAGAGAGAAGGUUGACGAGUUGGUGAGGGUUGUACAGGAUCCUGAAAUUCAGUCAAAAUUUGACGGAGUAUGCAUCUUAUUUGGCGGCGAGACCACAGUCAACGUCGUUGGUAAAGGUAUUGGUGGUAGAAAUCAAGAAUUGGCUUUAUCCGCAGGAAUGAAAAUCGACACUUGUGCAAAUAAUCUGCACGUAAAGGGAAAGGUAGCGUUGCUCAGUGCGGGGACAGACGGUUACGAUGGACCGUGUCAAGCUGCCGGAGCAGUGGCGGACUCGUCCAUGUUGCAACGAGGUUACGACAACCAUUUGUCCCCUUCGGAAUACCUUCGCGAAAAUAACUCGUACCAAUAUUUCAAAUAUAACAGCAACGGAGCAUAUCAUAUCAUAACUGGUCAUACAGAAACUAACGUCAUGGACCUCGUAAUUAUCGUCAUUGUUAAAUGAUGGGCUGCAUAUGGGUUUAUUAAUUCGCAUGGCAUUAUACUUUUAUUUUUUUAAGUACGAAUAGCAGAUAAUACUGAUUUUGUGCAUUAUAAAUACUAUUCUCCCUGUAUAAAUAAAUAACGCCUUAAAUAUUGUCAUCACAUUUUCAUUUAAGCCAGUUUAGGCUACGUACACUAAAAUAUUUAAAAAAAAUUAUAUCCUCAACCACUAAAAUUACAUAAAAUAAAAUGUCACAAAAUAA